CCACCGCUCGCCGCAAUGCUCCGCCGCCGCCGUGCCCCUCUCCUCCUCGCGGCCGGGGCGGGCGUGGCCCUGGCGGCCUCGUUCGCCGCCUCCCCUUCCGCCGACGGACGCGGUGUCCCCUCCGCACUCCAUGGCGUCGCCCGCUCCUCCCGCGCCAUGUACACGAUUGGCUUCGUGGUCGUGGACUACAAGUACUCGCUGCGGGGGCUGGCUCCUGGAUCCGCGGAUUACAGGGUGAAGCUCUCCGAGGUUCACUUGAGGUCAGCAAAGAAGCUACUUAAACUAUGUGAAGUGAAUAGAGGAUUUUAUGUAAAAGCUGGUCAGUUUGUUUCAUCACUAAGACAAGUACCAAAGGAGUACGUAUCAACUCUCUCCUGCCUGCAGGAUCAGGCAACUCCAUGCAAAUUUCAAGAUAUCAAAAUAGUGAUUGAACAAGCCUUCGGCAAGGAUUUACAUGACAUAUUCCUGGAUUUUGAUGAACAUCCGAUUGCUGCUGCAUCAAUUGCUCAGGUUCAUCGAGGUCGGUUGAAUAAUAACCAGGAAGUAGCUGUAAAGGUUCAGUAUCCUGGGUUGGAGCGGCGAAUGAAGCUAGACAUAAUGACUAUGUCUCUCUUGUCAAAGUCUGUCUCUUUGAUCUUUCCUGAUUAUAGGUUUGAGAAGAUAUUACUUGAAUUUGAGAGAACCAUGUCAAUGGAGCUGGAUUUUACCAAAGAGGCUAGUAAUUCCAAGAGAACAGCAAGCUGCUUCAGAAAAAAUAAUGUUGUCAAAGUACCUUGCAUCUUUCAGGAACUGACAACCAAGGAGAUAUUGACAAUGGAAUUUUGUUAUGGCCACAAGGUUGAUGACUUGGAUUUUCUAAGGAAAGCAAAUAUCAGUCCUACAAAGGUAGCUAAAGCAUUAAUAGAACUGUUUGGCGAAAUGAUAUUUGUACAUGGUUUUGUUCAUGGUGAUCCUCAUCCUGGAAACAUAUUGGUUUCUCCUCAAGGCCAAGGGAGAUUUUCGUUAGUGUUGUUAGAUCAUGGAAUUUAUAAAGAAUUGGACCCAAAGUUUAGAGUAGACUACUGUAAGCUGUGGAAAGCAUUGAUACUGUUGGAUGCGCAAAAAAUUCUGGAGUUAGGCGAACAGUUUGGUGUUGGCAAAUAUGCAAAGUACUUUCCUUUAAUAUUCACUGGAAGGACUAUAGAUAGCAAAUCAGCUCUUGGAACACAAAUAUCUGGUGAAGAGAAAAUGCGUAUAAAGCAGGACUUGAGUUCUCUUGGAAUGGAUGAUAUAUCUUCAUUUAUGGAAUCCUUGCCACCUGAUUUUCUGGUCAUACUUCGAACAGAUGGACUAUUGAGGUCCAUUUUAGGAAAUCUAGGGGCGCCACGUCAUGUUCGACUUCUUGCUUAUGCAAAGAGUGCAAUAUAUGGCCUUGAGAAACAUUCCAUAUUAGAGUCUGGUUCAAUCAACCAUAUAUCUUUGCGAGUCAAAACAAACAUUAGCUAUCUCCAUCUGAGGACACGUGUUGGAUUAGCAGGAUUAUUGGUGCAAUUCAAUGACUGCAAGCAUAAGGUCAUGGACAAAUUGAGAUGGAUUCUCUGGAGGAUAAGUUUGGGCUGGUAUAGACCUCUGAUGUGAUGUCCAGCAGUUAGAUAAGUUGGCAAAUGGCAUGCAGGAAGGUGGUCAUCUGAUGUCUCGAGGAACUCCUAGCUAAAUUCAGGAAAUUGUACAGUUAGAUCAUUGGAUGCUGAUGCGAAUAUGUACAUGUGAAUAUGCCAUCCAUAUAGUUCAUAUUAAUAAUUUGAUCUGCUACGAAUUUGGGUA